GGGACACAGAGGGAGGAAGAAGCGGCGGCGGCGGCUCCUCUUUGCAGAGGUGGAAACUCCGAAGGAUAAGAGCAGGAAUAAUGCGGUAGGCUAGGCGGGCUGCUCGCUCCCGGCUCCGGCAGCAGCGGCAGCAGCCCGAGCAGCGGCAGCAGCAGCGGCAGCACCUCAGGCGCUGACAGCCCCGCCGGCCGGCUCCCUCGCUGACCGCCGACUGUCAAUGGAGCUGGAAAACAUCGUGGCCAACACGGUCUUGCUGAAAGCCAGGGAAGGGGGCGGAGGAAAGCGCAAGGGGAAAAGCAAGAAGUGGAAGGAAAUCCUGAAGUUUCCUCACAUUAGCCAGUGUGAAGACCUCCGAAGGACCAUAGAGAGAGAUUACUGCAGUUUAUGUGACAAGCAGCCAAUUGGGAGGCUGCUUUUCCGGCAGUUCUGCGAAACCAGACCUGGGCUGGAGUCUUACAUUCAGUUCCUGGACUCAGUGGCAGAAUAUGAAGUUACUCCAGAUGAAAAACUGGGAGAAAAAGGGAAGGAAAUUAUGACCAAGUACCUCACCCCAAAGUCCCCAAUUUUCAUCGCCCAAGUUGGCCGGGACCUGGUCUCCCAGACGGAGAAGCUCCUUCAGAAACCCUGCAAAGAACUCUUUUCUGCCUGUGUGCAGUCUGUCCACGACUACCUGAGGGGAGAACCCUUCCACGAGUACCUGGACGGCAUGUAUUUUGAUCGGUUUCUCCAGUGGAAGUGGUUGGAAAGGCAACCGGUAACCAAAAACACUUUCAGGCAGUACCGAGUACUAGGAAAAGGGGGCUUUGGGGAGGUCUGUGCCUGCCAGGUUCGGGCCACGGGUAAAAUGUAUGCCUGCAAGCGCUUGGAGAAAAAGCGGAUCAAAAAGCGGAAAGGGGAGCCCAUGGCGCUGAAUGAGAAGCAGAUCCUGGAGAAGGUCAACAGUCAGUUUGUGGUCAACCUGGCCUACGCCUACGAGACCAAGGAUGCACUGUGCUUGGUACUGACCAUCAUGAACGGGGGGGACCUGAAGUUCCACAUCUACAACAUGGGGAACCCGGGCUUCGAGGAGGAGCGUGCCCUGUUCUAUGCGGCAGAGAUCCUGUGCGGCCUGGAAGACCUCCACCGUGAGAACAUCGUCUACAGAGAUUUGAAACCUGAAAAUAUCCUGUUAGACGAUUACGGCCACAUUAGGAUCUCGGACCUGGGCCUAGCCGUGAAGAUCCCGGAGGGAGACCUGAUCCGCGGCCGGGUGGGCACUGUCGGCUACAUGGCUCCAGAGGUCCUGAACAACCAGAGGUACGGCCUGAGCCCCGACUACUGGGGUCUGGGCUGCCUCAUCUACGAGAUGAUCGAGGGCCAGUCGCCCUUCCGCGGCCGCAAGGAGAAGGUGAAGAGGGAGGAGGUGGACCGCCGGGUCCUGGAGACCGAGGAGGUAUAUUCGCACAAGUUCUCCGAGGAGGCCAAGUGCAUCUGCAAAAUGCUGCUCACCAAAGAUGCAAAGCAGAGGCUGGGCUGCCAGGAGGAAGGGGCAGCAGAGGUCAAGAGACACCCCUUCUUCAGGAACAUGAAUUUCAAGCGCUUAGAAGCUGGGAUGUUGGACCCUCCCUUUAUUCCAGAUCCCCGGGCCGUGUACUGCAAGGAUGUGCUGGACAUCGAGCAGUUCUCCACCGUGAAGGGCGUCAACCUGGACCACACAGACGACGACUUCUACUCCAAGUUCUCCACGGGCUCCGUACCCAUCCCUUGGCAAAGCGAGAUGAUCGAAACAGAGUGCUUUAAGGAACUGAAUGUGUUUGGACCUAACGGUACCCUCUCGCCGGACCUGAACAGAAGCCACCCUCCGGAACCGCCAAAGAAAGGGCUGCUCCAGAGGCUCUUCAAGCGUCAGCAUCAGAACAAUUCCAAGAGUUCAGCCAGUUCCAAGACCAGUUUUAACCAUCACAUAAAUUCAAACCAUGUCAGUUCAAACUCCACCGGAAGCAGCUAGCUGCAGCUCUGGCCUGAAAUCCACGGUGGGACCAGCCUAGACCCUUCUCCUUAGAAGCGGACUUGUGACCGGUGGAGCUUCCGCCCUGGCGGGCAGGCGGGGGAGCCCUCCAGGAGCCGGGGAAGGAGGCCGUCCAGCCCCGAGAUGGGGAGCCUCCAGGUUCCUCAAAGAGAUUUCCACUCAGGUCUGUGUUCGGAGGCGGCCCUCAAGCCAAGGAGGAUUGGCUGUGUCUCUGUCGAACAUUGCAAUAGAAAUCCAAUUGGAUACAACUUGCACGUGUUUUAACAGCGUCAUAACUAGAACUGAAUUUUGUCUUUAUUAUUUUUAAAGAAAAGUUUUGUAAAUUUCUCUAUCGUUUCAGUUUACAUUUUGUAUAUUUGUAUUUAAAUGAAAGUCAGACUUUGAGGGUGUAUAUUUUCUGUGCAGCCACGGUUUAGCCAUGUGUUUUAAGACAUUUUAGAGGGGUGGCGGGUGGGGAAGGGUGUAAAAAAAAAAAAAUGUGACUCAAGACUUCCAGAGCCUCAAAUGAGAAAAUGUUUUUAUUAAAUGUAGAAAAUG